GUUUAGAUUUGCGCCAUGGGUCACUCCUAUCCCAAGAACCCCUCGACGACCGCUAGGACGCCAGUCCAGUGGACGGACCAAGUCCGGCACAAGUACUGCGGCGCCGAGGACUUGGGCCGCGACGGCAAACCCAACAAGGUCCACCGCUGCGAGGCUUGCCUCGCUAUCAAGGCGCGCCAGAGCAAGUGGCACGGCGGGCCCCAGGGCAAGAGGUCAGGCACGCAGCAGAAGAUCGGGUGGCACGCUGGCGAGUUUGGCGGCGCCGGUGGGAUGGAGUCGUGAUCAGCCUUUUCUGGUAGUAUCAGGAGCGGGUUUUUUUGUCACGGUUGUCAGUCGGUAAUUCUUCUCAAGACGGUUAGUUGAUAGACAGGGCGCUUGGGGGUCUCCUUAGGUUUGGAAUUGUGUGGCACAUGGGAAUAAUGGUUUUGACUGGCGUUGAACUCCUUAAAGAAGACUUGUCGUGAUAGCCGCACGAGAAAUGAGCUGCGGUAACUAUACAUCAAAUGAUAUAGGAUCCAGUACCUCAGGGCUAGCUCUACUAGCCGGGGCCGGUUCAUUCUUCCGCUUUGGUCUCCAUGAGGAUUCUCAUUGCGGACGAAC